UCCUGUACGGAAUGUACUAUUAGAUUCCUUUUCCCCCUGCUUUCCUCUUUGGAAAUCAAACAUCGUUUCUACCCUCCUCUACUCUCUCUCUCUCUCUCUCUCUCUCUCUCUCUCUCUCUACCCUUUUCUCAAAACCAGCAAUCAGCCAUGGAUGUCGACAUUGUGGACUACGAACUACCCGAUGACACCCACAACCUCUACGACGUUACCUUCUUCGACUCCCAAAUCCACACCAUAGUCACUCACACCUCGUCCUUUGUCGACGGUUGGAUCUCCGACAUCGAACACAUCCACAGUCGCCGCCUCCACCGCCUCAUCGUCGGCCUCGACGUCGAGUGGAGGCCCAGCUUCAACCGCUACAUCGAAAACCCCGUCGCGACAUUGCAGCUCUGCGUUGGCCGUCGAUGUCUCAUCUACCAACUACUCUACGCUGGCGGCAUUCCACAAUCCCUAAUUGACUUUCUGGGUAACCCUAAUUACACAUUCGUCGGAGUUGGGAUCGACAGCGAUGUGGAGAAGUUGACGGGUGACCAUGGUUUGGUGGUGGCCACGACGGUGGAUCUACGCGGACUGGCAGCGGCGGAGUACGGUUUGAGGGAGCUGCGGAAUUCGGGGUUGAAGGAAUUGGCGAGACGGGUGCUUGGGAAGGAGCUUGAGAAGCCGAGGAGGAUCACCAUGAGUAGGUGGGACAAUGAGUGGUUAACAGCUGAUCAGGUACAGUAUGCUUGUCUUGAUGCUUUUCUGUCUUUUGAGAUUGGGAGGUGUUUGAAUGCAGCAGGGUUUUAAGUUGUUGGAUGGAGUAGAAGUAUGUGUGAAUUGGGACCUGGGUUUUAGUAGACGGUUUUUGGUGAAGGUUUGAGAUGAUAAUUUUGUUGAUACGAAUAUGUUUUGAUGAAUGGUUUUAAUUUGUGAUUUGGGUGACUGGGACAUGGGGUUUUGUGAAUGUGAAGGUUUGGGAUGUUUUUGUUAAUAUUUGGUAUCUUCUGAUGAAGAUUUUAGAUGGUGGAUUUUAAAUAAUUUCAGUGUUAGUUUUUAUAAAUUAUGAUUGCCUUUGAAUUUGUGUGAUAAUUGAUUUUUAUGUCAAA